AUGCAGACUCGCACGUGGGUUGUCCUCCUUGCUACCGCCGUAAUUCUCCUCGCGAGCUUCACGCGUGUCAACGCUCAGUCGGACGACGACGAAGACUACGAUAUCGAUGAGGAUCUGUUCGAGCUCGAGGCUGAUAAUGGCGACGUUGGCGCAGGUGAUGUCGUUGACGAGGCUCCGCUGCUGGAUGGGCUCUGUGGAUGCGGCGGCGACCCGGUGAUGUCGGCCGAAGACCUGUGCUCUGCUGAUCUUGUCGAGGCGCGCGAGAACACGCCGCUUACCACCCAGCUGUGGCAGACCAUCUCUUCUGAUGACAUGGAUGGCUUCUGUCGCUUUUGCGGAACCACCCUGCACUGGGCCUACGAGUUUGGCCGGGCCGAGAUGGUCCAGAUCCUUGCCUGCGUCGGUGCCGACCAGGAGCUCGAGGACGCGUCGGGCAAGAUCCCCGCCCGCCUCCGCCCGCGCGGUUUCAAGGUUGACCUCUAA